UUUCACCUGACUUGAUGUAGUAGGCUAGUUGGUACCACGUAGCGACAGGCACCUCCGAAUGUGACCGUGGACAAACCUGGGGUAGCGGGGUUACAAACUCAACAGCCAUCGAUCCCCAAUUGGCCUACUUGAUCGUGGGUCGAGACAGGACAGAGAAGACAUCUUGUGGCUCCAGAGAGACUCAACCAGAGAGACUACAGAGAGAGACUCAACCAGAGACGGCAGUUCCCUAGAGAGAAACAAGCUUCUAAAGACUAGAUCCAAGACAGGACCCAGAGAGACCAGACAGAGCACAAAGAGAGACAAGAGUUAUGGAGACGCAUCACUGGGACUCUUGUGGGAAAAGCCUUUCCUCAUCCAAUUCCCUCAAGAACCACAUAAUGAUCCACACUGCAGAGAAGCCCUACAGCUGUGACCUCUGUGGUAAAACCUUUAGCCGGGCUGGUACUCUCAAAGUUCACGACAGGAUCCACACUGGAGAGAAGCCCUUCAGCUGUGACCUCUGUGGUAAAACCUUUAACCAGGUUGGCCAUUUCAGAUCUCACCACAGGAUCCACACUGGAGAGAAGCCCUACAGUUGUGACCUCUGUGGUAAAACCUUUAGCCUGGCUAGUACUCUAAACCUUCACCGUAGGAUCCACACUGAAGAGAAGCCCUUCAGCUGUGAACUCUGUGGUAAAACCUUUCGCCGGGCUGGUACUCUCAACGUUCACCUUAGGAUCCACACUGAAGAGAAACCCUUCAGCUGUGACCUAUGUGGUAAAACCUUUAGCCAGGCUGGCAGCUUAAGAGGUCACCGCAGGAUCCACACUAGAGAGAAGCCCUACAGCUGUGACCUCUGUGGUAAAACCUUUAGCCAGGCGGGCCAUUUCACUGUCCACCGCAGGAUUCACACUGGAGAGAAGCCCUACAACUGUGACGUCUGUGGUAAAACCUUUAACCAGGCUGCCCAUUUAACAGCUCACCACAGGAUCCACACUGAAGAAAAGCCUUACAGCUGUCACCUCUGUGGUAAAACCUUUGGACGACUUGAAAGUUUCAGAGCUCACAGCUGGAUCCAUACUGGGGAGAAGCCCUACAGCUGUGACCUCUGUGGUAAAACUUUUACACGGGUUGACAGUUUCAGAGAUCACUGCAGGAUCCACACUGGGGAGAAGCCCUACAGCUGUGACCUCUGUGGUAAAACCUUUAGUAGCGCUUCUAUUUUCAGAGUGCACAGCAGGACCCACACUGGGGAAAAACCCCACAGCUGUGAAAGCUGUGAUAAAGCCUUCUCUACCUCAGGUGCUUUGAAGAAACACAGCAUGAUCCACACUGGAGAAAAGCCCUACAGCUGCCCACACUGUGACUACUCAGGUAAAACAAAUGGCAAUCUGAAGAGUCACCUGCGUAUCCACAAUAGAAAAAAACCAAAGCACUGAUGUCUGGGGCUUAGCUGUCCCAGCAGUCACCAUCUGAGAGAACUCUUGUAUGACCCUCAGCUGGAAGAACUACUGGCCUACACCUACACCUACUGGGACAGCAGAUGCAGUAACGCACAUUUCCUGUGAUAGAAUACUUGGUGGUUCUGAUGUAGAGGGUUACUCUGUCUCUCACCAAGUGAUCAUUUGCUAUGGUUUUUCAGAACAUACUGACAAUAUUUCAGACAAUACUGACUGAUUAUGUUGAAUUUGUCUAUAUGUACGCAGACUAUAUUGAAGUCCUGUUGUUCUAUUAACUUUCUUUCUACACACACUAGUUGUCUCUUUGGAUCAAAGUACAGGGGUGUCAAACAUGCGGACUGGAUCCGGCCCGCCAGGUGGUCCAGCUCGGCCCGUCAGAUGUCUUUGCUAAGUUCGAAAAUUACAAAAAUACAUGAAUUUUAUUUCUAUAAAUGUAACUGCUAUUCCGAAUCCAAACGUUUUGUAAUUUUUUUUAAUCGAUCCAGUUAUUUCUUCAAAACCAGCGUAAAUGCGAUGUCUGCUCCAGAGGCAAAAGCGCUCAUUGCCACAGGCAGCAGCGCUCGCUGCUCGCUAUGUGACGUUACACGAUCUCUUGCGCACACUUACACCUGAAGAGAAACGCCAUUGGCCUGAACAUCUGGCAGAGCUGGUGUAUGCGUAUAGCAUCACGCCACACGCCACACGCCACACACAGGUUAUUCACCCUACCAGCUGCUGUUUGGAGUCCACCCACACCUUCCGUUUGAUGCAAAGCUAAGCCAAGAGCGAGAGAAAGAUGGCCGACCUGACUGGUUGGUUAUACACCAGGAGCAAGAGAGUGUGCUGACGGGAAAGCUGCAGAGAGGCUGGCCCAGCAGCAAGGGAAAGUUUAUUGUCCGUCUGUAGAAGUUGGGCAAUGGGUGUAUGUCCGCUACCGACCACCAGGAAGGAAUAAGAUCCAGGAUGCCUGGUCAAUUACUGUGUACAAAGUUGUAGACAUUCAAGGGACCACAUGCAGUUGAACCACUGGAGGGGGGGCCUGUGAAGAGGGUGCACAGGUCCGACCAGCGACUGUGUGUGGGGUCCAUACCAUACAUUUCUUGAAUCUGAAACGGGCCAUGACAGGAAGCCCGUGGAGGGAGAUGAGCAGGGUAACGUGGGAGUGUCUGGGUAGAUUGUAGACCAGGCGGGCCGCUGCUUUCUGAAU